CAUUUCCUACUGUCCUGAACGCAGCACUGCUCUGUUCACUCCCGCAGUGUCCCGCUGUAGGACAGUCUGUGUGAACUCGGGAGGGGAAGCGCUGCGCUGUUAAAACUCCCAGGAUUUACACUCUGCCAUUUUGAGGAAAACCGGCCGACAUCAAGAGUACAGACGCGUCCAUUAAACAGAAGUCAUGGCCUGAGUUAGUGAAAAAUCACUGUGAAUUUACGAGAAGGCCUCAGGGGGACAGUUAACCCGACAAUUCAUUUGAACCGGUCAUCAGUCCUCUUCGCCAUGUGUGCCACAAAUCACUCAAACUGGGUCACAUUUGAAGACGACAACACACCGCUCUCAUCACCUCAGAAGCCCCCACAGUCACCAGAGCGUAUCAAAGCAUCAGUACCGCGUCCCAUUGGUCUGAAAUUAGUUCUUCCUCCAAUCAGCGAUACUUCCUGGAGCUUCAACAGUUCUCUGGAAUCCCCUCAAAGUCUGAGUGGAAGUUCCUGUGUACCAUGUAACACGCCCUUUUGCACUCCUGGGAGUGGGGCUCCUAGCAAUGGGUCCCCAUUUCACUCCAACACGAGGGAAAAGAACGACUUCUUCCGGAGUCUCUCCAGUACGUCUACCCCCACUGUUCCCUCGCCUGCGCCGGAGGCCCUGCAUCAAUCCUCAGACGGACCAAGCCCUUUCCCUUCUUUCCAGAGGAACUCAGGACACUAUAACCCCUUCUGGGAUGGAUCUAGACACAGCGCAGAUGUAGACAGCUCCUCCUCAGACUCAGAAUCUGAAUCUCACAACAACCUACCACGUUUCUUUAUUCGGACCAAAGACGGCAGUGAGCCUCCGCGUGACCACCUCCAAAACUCUUUCUCCUACGUUUGCCAUAAACUGGAAGGUCUACAGGCGGGAGCUGAUCAAGAAACAAAGACGGAAAGUGAUGGGGAGCGGCGGCUAAGUUGCAAAAGUGAGGUGUUAAGCGAGGGUUCAUCUCAGUUCGUUCCUCGGGGUCUGUUUCGUAGUCAGAAGAGAGACGGCUGGUCUGUCAUGCUCAGGAUUCCUGAAAAGAAGAACCGCAUGUCCUCGCGACAGUGGGGGCCGAUCUACCUCCGUAUGUUGCCGGGAGGUGUGCUGCAGAUGUACUAUGAGAAAGGGCUGGAGAAGCCAUUCAAGGAGUUCCAGCUUCUCCCCCAAUGCAGGCUCUCGGAUCUUAAACUGGAAAGCUACGGCGAGCCCCGCAAAGUCCUCUCGGUCAAGGUGGAACAUUUCUCGUACACGGAAAAGAAACGCUACCACCCCAAGCUGGAGGUUAGUCAUGAGGCGGAGGCAGAAGAGCUGCUCAAGUUCGGCUCCACGGUGCAUGACGACAUGGAGGACCUGGUCGUCUCCAUGGAGGAGGAAAUCUUUAAAUUGUGUAUGCACCACCAGCAGAGGCGGCACUACGAGGAGCAGGAGCUGUCGUUGCAGAUCACUGAUCAUAUCUGGGUACAACUGGAUAAGUUCGGAGAAGUCAUGGAGAGGACAGCCUUCACCCAGAUUCACUGUCUCUCUUUCCUGAACGGACUAGGGGAUUGUUUCCUUGCCCUUAACGAUCUCGGCCUGCUGCGCUUUGACUCCAACUACGGGUCGGAGGAGGACGGUGAACUCUGGAUGGAGGUCGCAGACUGCCAUUUUCACAAAUGUGUGAAUGAGACGGAGUUUCAGAGGUCCCGGCUGAUUAAAUUUGCACCUCCCGAGGCCUGCAGGGUGGAGCUGAUGCGGUACAAGACGGCGAUUUUGGGUUGCAUAGAAAUUCCCUUCUCAGUCAAAGCUGUUGUCACAGUUCAAGGUGCCUAUGUGGAGCUCCAGGCCUUUCUUAACAUGUCACCCACCUUCCCUUCCACAGUGGGGGCGUCUGACACGUCCCCACUGUGUGAGAAUGUAGUGAUCCGUGUGCCAGUGCCAGGCGACUGGGUCAAGGUGACGCAGACCGUGGCCUUGCUUCGGCAGAGGUCACUGAAGGCCCGUAUGAACAGAAAUGCCUGCUUGGGUGCCGUCGGUGCUGCAGAUUCACAGCCUGUCAUGCAGGUGACAAUCGGCACUGUCAAGUACGAGAAUGUAUAUUCAGCCGUCGUGUGGAGGAUCGACAGACUGCCCGCGAAGAAUACGGCAGUGGAUCAUCCUCAUUCAUUUUCCUGCAAGCUAGAGCUAGGAUCAGAUCAGGAGAUCCCAAGUGACUGGUACCCUUUUGUCACGAUGGAAUGUGAAAUUAUGGGCGCAGUCGUGUCUGGGACCAAGGUGAAGUCGCUGGGCACUGCGAACGACAUCCAGCCGCAGAAACAUGUGACCAGUUGGACACGCUAUCAUUGUCAGGCCAAACUCUACUUGUCCAUAAUUGAUGAUGUGAUUGAAAGUAUGAGGGAGCUCUUCUUGGAUGAAGGGCUUGAAGACCGUGUCCUGGACGAUUUAAGACAUCUUUGGGAGGCAAAGAUGAUGCAGUCAAAAGCAAUGGAAGACUUCAGGAAAAAUAAUAUCAACUCGUCCAACUUUGUACUGCAGCUCCCUACCAACUACCGUCGGAGUGAUCAAGAACUCACAGCCUCAGUAGUGAUCCCCGCAAGUCACAAUAUCCACAGUUUCCCACUGAAGAACAAUUCAGAGACACUUGCUACUUUUUCUCUCCCUGCUGGGUUAUCGUACCCCGUGCAGAUACCAGCUGGAGUCACUCUACAAACCUCUACUGGUCAACUUUACAAGGUCAAUGUUCCUGUCGUGGUUACUCAGGCCCCAGCAGGUCAGCCACUCAUAUCCCGACUCGCACAGAAAGUCACUGUGCGGAGAGAAGCUCCUGCUCCUCAGUCAGCUGCAGUCCCACCGAAUACCACUCAUCCUCAGAGGGUGGAGCCGCCCUCUGUUCCAGCUUCUUCUGUCACACAGCCGCCACAUCCAAAGAGCAGUUUACCCCCCGGUCAGCAGAGCACCCUCCCCCAGCAGCCACACGUUCCUGCUGCUGAGCCAUCGCAGCUUCAGGGGGCCCGCGCUCCAGAGCCAGAGGUCACACCGGAAGAGAAUGAGCAGAGGCCACAGCCCGAACCCAUGAACCUCAGAAUGGACGCAUCACCCUGCAGUCAGUUAUUAGACUUCCAGAUCAGCAGCGAGGAAGCUUUGACACAGACUGUACCGUUAAACAGCCGAGACAUUGAUGACAUUCUGAAGGAAGUGAUUGAGGAGGAGAGAGAGAAGGCAGAAAGGGCGAGGAAUCUAGCGCCUGCAAAGACUGACAACCAGUCGGAGGCUGUUCUUGGGCUGGACCUGGACUACAACUACAACGAGCUGUCAGACAUCGUUCAGCUGGAUGGUCCUGCAGGCAACUCUGACCUCGAGGAGGAAGAGGGGGGUCCCCUGGAAGAGAAUGACUUUCUGGGUAUAAUCAAUGCAGAGGCUAUAAAAGCCCUGCAGGAGGGAGAUGGAAGCAGUGACGGAAACAGCAUCUCCUCCUGCAGCGACAGCGAGGGAGCGGAACUCGCCGAUGUAGUUGAAGAGGAUCCUUUGAACUCGGGUGAUGAUGUGAUCGAGCAGGACAUCCCAGAUCUCUUUGACACUGACAAUGUAAUCGUCUGCCAGUAUGACAAAAUUCAUCGCAGUAAGAACCGCUGGAAGUUUCAUUUGAAAGAUGGAGUGAUGUGUUACGGAGGCAGGGACUACGUGUUCUCUAAAGCUGUUGGGGAAGCUGAGUGGUGAUGAGCUUCAGUUCUCUUGAAUACCUCCAGAUAAUCAUGUUGAACGAAGGGAAACUGAUUUAAAAGGGGAAAAUAAUUAGUGAAUUUAGACCUAAGCGGUAUAAUUUGGCUUGCAGAGCAGGCAGGUAAAACUCCUCUGUGCAAAAUCACUGAUACUUUUGUUUUUCAUUAUGUAAUUAUCAGAGCAAUACUGCAAGUCAUUUACCAUGUUACAACCAAUUACUUACAGCGUUUGCUUAUGAAUCCAGUCUACUGAGACAAACGGCAUGCAUUUCUGUUGUAUAAUAUUUAGCUGAAAAUUGUUUUCUUUAUUAGUGGAGCAAAACAUUGUUUGACCUGGAACGUGGUUUCUUCUGUCAUGAUCAUGUUGCUUUUGAAGGCACCUUGUGUGCUGUUUGAUUUUCAAACGUUGUAAUGCCUUGCCUUUAAUCAUGCUUCAAAUACACUGAACUGCACUGUUGUGCUGCAUUCAAUGAACCCUUUUCUUUCUGUGCGACCCUGAACAAAGCCAGCGUUGCCUUGUUGUCACAUUAGUAUUCUAAUGAACUCGGGGUGUUUUUUUUUCUUUUCACUAUUGAAAACAAACUACUAAAUGCAAAUUAACUGAAACAUGACACAGUUAAUUUAUAAAAGCCAGCAUGGACACUAAAAUCGAUUUAAUGUGUGACUCACAGCUGGAAAGAAAAUACAAAGG